GGGUGUCUCCGGCGUAAAAUGAAGGGAGGGAGGGCCAUUUGUCCCUCUGGGGUUUCAGGAAUCAGCACUUUCCUUAAUGAGUUCCUUCUGGAGACCACACCUUCUGCGCGCACCCUCUAAGGAUGGAGCAAAACUCCACCGCAGCUCUCGCGGAGUAUAUAAACUGCUGCAAGCAAGCCGGAGAAUGCCAGGUGCGCAAGUCCAAGCAGAGAAAAAAAAGGGGGAGAAAUGUCCAAAAACCAAAGAAGAGAUGCCGAGGAGGAACCUCCGAAGAUGCCAAGCAAAGAAGGAGAAGAAUGUUGCUGUCACGGCCCAGGAUAUCCAACCCCGUUGGAUGCCAUGAGAGGGCCUCGAGAGAAGCUGAUCUAUGUGACUUGCAUCUUAACUGGCACGGGGACCAAGAUGCCUGACUAUCUCAGCACCGUGGAUGUUGACCCCGAAUCUCCCACUUACUGCCAGGUUAUUCACCGGCUGCAAAUGCCGUACAUUGAUGAUGAGCUUCACCACACGGGCUGGAAUGCCUGCAGCAGCUGCUUUGGGGACACCACCAAGAAACGCAACCGGCUGGUCCUUCCGUGCUUUGGCUCUUCGCGGAUUUAUAUUGUGGAUACCGGGACUGACCCCCUCGCUCCCAGCCUGUUUAAAGUUAUUGAACCCAGAGAGGUCUUCCGUAAAACCAACCUGGCUACGUUACAGAGCCCGCACUGCCUGGGCAGCGGAGAAGUCAUGAUCAGCACCAUAGGGGACGUAUUUGGCAAUGGAAAAGGCGGAUUUGUUCUUCUGGAUGCGGAAACCUGGGAAGUCAAGGGCACCUGGAACCGCCCCGGGGACGAAGCUCCGCGAGGAUACGACUUCUGGUACCAACCAAGGCAUAACGUCUUAGUCAGCACUGAACUGGGAAUGCCCAAAUUCUUUGUGAGUGGGUUCCACCCAGAAGAUUUGAAGAAAGACCGUUAUGGCCGCUGCCUGAACGUGUGGGACUGGACCACCCACUGCCUUGUCCAGUCCAUCGAUGUGGGGGAGGAUUCUACCCCACUGGAUAUCCGCUUCCUGCAUAACCCAGACGCCCCGCACGGCUUUGUGGGCUGCUCCUUCCAGGGCUCCAUGUACCAUAUUUUCAAGAAGGAGGACGGGACGUGGACCGCGGAGAAGGUGAUCCAGAUUCCAAACAAGGUGGUCACCGGGUGGUUCCUCCCCGAAAUGCCAUCGUUCAUGAAGCACAUGGUCAUUUCGCUGGACGACCGUUUCAUCUACCUCAGCAAUUGGCUCCAUGGCGACGUCCGCCAGUACGACAUCACCGACCCCCACUGCCCUCGGCUGACGGGCCAGGUGUUUGUGGGAGGCAGCAUCUCCAAAGGCGGGGUGGUGACCGUGAUUAGGGACGAAGAGCUCGACUGCCAACCAGAUCCCUUCAUGAUCCAGGGAAGGAGAGUGUAUGGGGGUCCCGUAAGGCUCCAGCUCAGCUUGGACGGAAAAAGGCUUUACGUCACCACCGGCCUCUACACGUCGUGGGACAAGCAGUUUUAUCCACAAAUGGUCAGGGAAGGGUCAGUCAUGCUCCAGAUCGACGUGGACACCGAGAACGGGGGCCUCUGCGUGAACCCAGACUUCCUGGUGGAUUUUGGGAAGGAGCCGUGGGGUCCCGCUCGCGCGCACGAAAUGCGUUACCCGGGAGGAGACUGUACCUCGGACAUCUGGGUCUGAGACGCUCCCGAGCCUGCCCCACUUUUAUGCAUUUAGGGAUCAGGAAGCAGGGUGAGGGCAACCCAAAGCCAGGGUGUUGGUUUGGCAUUUAAUCCCGCUGCAGAGAUUUCCACGCUUGCACUGAAUCAGCGUGCUAGGUCAGGAAGGAAUCAGCUUGCUCCCUCCUCCUUCAGUCAGCGCUCGCCACGGAGCUAAGGGACGCCCUGGUUUCUUCAGCGCU